GACAAUUCAAAAGUCAUGACUAUUGCUCACUGUAGACGUUGGCAUCAUGAUGACGCUCUGCUCUCUCCGUUUGUAGAUCAUGAUGUCACCCCCACACAUCCAGAGGAGAGUGAAGAUACCCCAGACCUUGGCUCAGGACAGGGGCGCAUGAGCACAAGGGACUACACUUCAGAACCAACAGGGACCCCCACCGAUACAGGUCCGACCACCACACCAGAAAAUGAGGAGGGUUUGAAUCCCGUCAUCAUCCUGAUCCCUGUAGUGCUGGUGGUCUUAAUCAUCAGCAUGAUAGUUUGCUGUAUUUUCAUCAACCGCAGGUGGAACACUCAAGUGAAAACUCAAGAGCUACAAAAAGAGGAUCCAUAUUUGGAUGGGUCCAGUACGGAGAAGGUGCCAAUGCCCAUGUUUGAAGAAGACGUGCCCUCUGUGCUGGAGCUGGAAAUGGAAGAGUUGGACAAGUGGAUGAAAAAGGAUGGUUAACAAGGACGCUCUCUUGGUAUGCAAGGACACACAGUCAACAAUGUACUGAUGCCCACUUGGAUGGUUUUCUACAAUAAUCCAGGAAUAUUUGUGGCCACGGGACCUAAUCUGACUGCCAGGAAACAACAUUGCACAACACUUAAAGGACACUUAUAAAUAUUAUUUUGAUUUUUACAGUAAAAGAAGUCUUCAAUGGAUAGCAAUGUGCAACAAUUGGACUUGUUAAAUAGUGGCUCCUUUGUUCCGAAAGUGAUCAGAGUUGUGCCUUUUGUGUAUUGUUUCUGUCAUACUUUGCCUGUUUUGAUAUGUAUUGUUGAACUAUCAGCAGAAAACAGUUAUACCAGAUAAAUACUCAAAAGUAUUUCCUGUUCUCAAUUAAUCAGCCAGAGUGAAAGUAUUAAGUUUAAACCUAAAAAACCACUAUGCUGCAGCUGUUAAAGAGUAUGUGGUCAUCUUAAAGUGCAUAAGACUACAGAUAUGGCUGCUCAUAGUUUCUGCUGGUGGUGGCUUCUCUUCAACUUAAACCUCCUUAGUUGUGUUACACUAUGCUCCCUCCAGCUGCAGGUUUUAAUGGGUAAAUAUCCUGUUGAAGAUUGUUGCCAUGCAUGACAGAGUAUGCCGCUUCUUUUCAUGCCUGUGCAAAGCUGGUUAGGACUUACAGAGAAAGUGUUUUUUAUUCAGAAACUGAAAUCUCUAAGUGUGAAAUCAGUUGCAUUGUUCAAGUCUUUUGAUAAAUUAUUGCCCGUUGCUGAAACAGCUUUCUAAAAGCUGCUACUGAUAAGAUUUUCAUCUCACCAUAGAUAAUAACUCUCUGACUAAAUACUAUAUCUACGGAUGCUGUUCAGAUGUUUUUUUCCAGUUUUGAUGAAUCUAAGCAGUCAUAACACUGAUCUAAAUGUGAGUGCAACUUUCUAAACGUGUCAGUCAGUAUUCCGCAGUAUCUUGCACUGUAAAUAUGAAAAUGCAGUAUACCAAAAGAUAUUCAUUUCAAGGAAUGCCUUUUGUAAUUAUUUCAUAUAAGGCUGUAGUAUUGUUGUUUUGAUGAUGAAGCUUUGAAUAAAAUUUCAGUAAACAAAA